AAGUAGUGCUUGUAAAUAAAUGAUGUGGCUAUUCCACACAAAAUUUCAACUCUUUCUGAUUAUUUUUGGCAGAGAUAAAAAAUAUAGGCAAAACUUGUUCAGUGACCCUCAUAAGGCCACAGAAUGAUCAGACAGGUUAGGCGGACUGUGUGGCCGUGGGCUCUCGACUAUCACCUGUUUUCUCCAACUUCUUCAUGGAGUACUUCGAAGAAACAGCUCUGGAAUGUACAACCCAUAGCCCCCUCUGCUGGUUUCACUAUGUAGACGACACAUUUGUGAUCUGGCCUUACUGUCCAGGUAAGCUGUUGGAGUUCCUUGACCACCUAAAUAGUGUCCAUGUAGAGACCAAAAAGGAAGGUCAUCUUUCCUUCCUUUAUAUUGACAUAUACUACAAACCUGAUGGCUCACUGGGUCGCAAGGUUUAUCACAAAGCUACCCAUGUUAACCUCUACCUCAACUUCAAAUUCCACCACAUCCAUCAAACCAACAGGCUGUACUCUCCACACUGGAUCAAAGGGGCAGGUCCCUUUGUGACCAAGAAAGACUGCAUAGUCAACUGGAGCUCCACAUCCAGCUGGAUCAACCAGAUAGAUCCGCUGUUGACGAACAAAGCUUCAACCUGGGCCACCACAUUCAGUGCUGCCCACCAAAUUCAGAUACAUGGACUCGACGAUGAGGGAGGCCAUCGAGUUCAAGCUGCAUCCCUCCUCAUCAUGUCCACCAACCUCCCCAUGUAUGGUGAUCCACAUACUUGACCCCAAGGGGCCCUUAUAAGGACAUAAUCAUAUACUUUGUGUUUUCUGCAUUUAUUUCUAGGCCAACAUUCAUACCAGCCCUUAAGAGUGUUUCUUUGUGUGCUUGUAGAGUAUUUAUAUUAUCGCCCAACAGAUUAAUAUCAUCAGCAUAAACCAAAAGUUGAUGUUUCCCAUUCAAUUCCAAACUGCCCCGAUUUUCCUGAUGGCAUAUUUGAAGGCAAAAUUGAAAAACAGCAGCUACAGAGCAUCUCCCUGUUUUAGGCCAUUCUGAAUAGGAGAUGUAUCAAAUGUUUAUUUACACGAAUUUUGCUAUAGGUUUCAUUUAAAGAGUUUUUAAUUAACGCGAUUAGCUUGUUAUGUACACCAAAUUCAAGCAAAGUAUUUUAAAGUGCUUCUCUUUUAACUGAAUAAAUAGGCUCACUUGAAGUUUA